AUGGCCUCCAAGGAGACUGUAUCACAAAAACGAAGAAAGAGACAGAGCAAAAGGUCUGCAAAAGUUGAAGAACUAGCACCUGCAGAGUUUGAGGUGGAAAAAGUAUGGUCAUUCAUAAAUUCUGAUGAAUCUGGUUCACCUCCAAGUGAAUUUGAAGAUAGGAAUGGCUUUGCUAGGGGUCUGAAACCGGAAGAAAUCAUUGGUGUCACAGAUGUUUGUGGAGAAUUGAUGUUCCUCAUGAAAUGGAAAAAUGCAGAUGAAGUUGAGUUGGUGCUGACAAAAGAGGCUAAGACUAAAUGCCCUCAACUUGUAAUUGCUUUUUACCAAGAAAGACUAAAUUGGAAUGGAAGAUGA